AUGGCCGCAAUGAUUAGACCAGAAAUGUACACCAAAUACCCCUCGCUGCAGAAAUUCCAGGACAACAGCGAGAAUACCGUCGAGUCCCACGACGGCCGCGAGAUCGUCCUGCUGAAGCACAUCUACGACCACCCAGCCCUCGACACGCAGCUGCGGGGCUCGCCUGCCGCAAUCCUGGCGGCGAUGGACGACUUCGCCGCCCAGAUCCUGGUCGAGCUGGGUGGGUAUGUGGGAUACUCGGCGAUCCUGUUUGCGAGCGCGAUGCUGGCGCAGAGUGGUGGUGAUGCAGCAGAUAAGGAUAUUCGUCUCUACAGCCUCGAGGCCGACCCCCUCGUCGCGUCCAUCGCGAUGAAUCUCAUCGAUCUGGCUAGUCUGAGUCAUAUCGUCAAGGUGGUAGUUGGCCCCGCAGCGCAUUCCCUGCGACGGCUGCACGCCGAAGGGACGUUUUCGCGCAUCGACAUGCUGUUUCUGGACCAUGUCGAGGACCUAUACGAGCCGGACCUCAAGCUGUGCGAGGAGCUAGGUCUGCUGCACAAGGGCAGUCUGGUCGUGGCCGAUAAUGUCGUGCUUCCGGGGGCGCCGCAGUAUCGGGAGUAUGUGCGGCAGAAUCCGCGGUUCGAGAGUUGGGGGGUCAAGGGGUUGAUUAUCCCGGGGGAGGUAGAGGACGAGUUGGAGAUCAGCAGGGUUAAAUAA